AUGAGUAGUGCAGUUACUAGGGCAGGUUAAAAGGUACUUGAUUUAACUUUUAAGAUAGUGGAAAGAGUUUUGGGGUUAACAGAUAACAAAGAAUACCUAAUUGGAAGACAAGAAGAGUGAAGCUUACGAAUUAAACAAUUAUUUUUAAAUGGCUGAAAGAACAUUGGUUACAAUCAGCUAAUGUCAUUAAUGUAUCAUUUAAUGUAAUGAAGAAUUAUAAAUACAAUACAAUCAAUUUGCAAUGAUUGUCACUAAAAUAUUUGAGCAUGAAAUAGGAUCUAAUAAAUUAAUUGCGACUAAUCUUGUGAAGAUGUUCCAAAAGAUAUCAGAAUUACACGGGGAGAAGGUUACACCUGUUUACUAGUUGAAACUUGAAUUGAAGCCAUGGUUUGACACUAUGGAAUAGAUAAAGAUCUUAUUGGAGAGAUAUUAGGAGGAUAGGUUGAUUUAUGAUCAUUAUAAGUUAAAAAUUAAAGAGUUGUAAAAUAGUAAGGAUUCAGAUAAGAUCAAUAGAGUAUGAAUUAUUAUUUAAUUUAGAAUGAAAGAAAGUUAGAAAAGGCAACUACAGCAUAUCAAAAUAUUUGCAUUGACAUGAUUGGUAAAAUGGAUAAUAUAAUCUCAAAUAAAAUAAGGAUGAUGAACGUUGUAUUAUCCUCAAUUAUUAGCAUAGAACACGAUGUUUCUUUGCAAGAGGGUAAACGAUUUUAAGAAUGUUUGGAUUUUGAUAAAGAAUUUUCAAAUGGUAACACAAUUAAAUCUGUUUAACCAGAAAAUUAAGAAUAAGAAAAUAACUUUAUAAAUAAAACUAGAAAAUUAUUAAAUUUAUAAUCUGCAUAAGAAGUUCAAUAAAAUGAAAAAUCGCAUCAAGUCAAACAAUAAUAAUUUGGGGAAACCCCUACUCCAAAUCCAGAUACUGAUCCUUUUGAAGAAUUUAAUAGAGUUUCAGCAUAAUUUGCUGGAGAAUUUAAAGAGGAUUCUGAGUCUCCGGCAUUGUGUAAGGAUUAAAAGAAUUUUAAGUUAAACCAAUAAUAAAAACUAUCAUAAAUUUAAUAAUAAUAAGAAUAAGUUUAUUAAACUAUUAAAAAUUAAAGAAAGUAGUUAGAAUAAUCAGAUAUUAAGUAGCCAAAUUAAAAUGAUAUUAAUUAAGGAUUCUCAAAUCCCUUUGUAACAUCCUAAUAGCAAUUACCAUAAUAAUAAUAAUAAUAAUAAUAAUAAUAAUAAUAAUAAUAAUAAUAAUAAUAAUAAUAAUAAUAAUAAUAAUAAUAGUAAUAAUAACAAUAGUAAUAGUAAUAGUAACAAUAGUAAUAGUAACAAUAGUUCUAAUAAUAACAAUAUUAAUAAUAAGAUUUUAGAGUAAGUUAAUCAAUGGUUAUUUAAUCCAAUGUACCUUGGAAUCCUUUUGAUGAAGGUUAAAAUAAUUAGCAAUCAUUUAGAAAAAGUGUUAAAAAUCCAUUUGAUGAUGAAGUUGAUGAUACCUAUGUUUAAUAAUAGUAAAAUCAAAAUCAAUAAUUACAAAUUCAUUCAUAAAUCCUAUCAUCUAGAUCUAAUAAUCCAUUUGCAAAUGAAAAUAAUUAAUAAGCACCUUCAAGAAUGUUUUAAACUUAUUAACCAAGCAACCCAUUUGCUGAUUAUAGUAAUGAGCAUUAAAAGUAGCCAAAUUAAAAUACAUCAAAGAAUCCUUUCAUUUGA